AAAAAAAAAAAAAAGAAUUGUGUGUGAAAAAUUCCAACGGUAUUACGCGAGAGAUCAUGUGAAGAGCGGGAACGCUACGCACGUGUGUGCGUGCGAGAGAAUGGUCUUCUUAAUUGAUUUUCGCUUAAUUACUGCAGCGGUUGCAUAAAUUAAAUGUUUACAUUUGUCCCCAAACCAGUGCUGUAAAGCAGACUUGCAGUAUCAGGUGGCAACCCUACCCGCCUAUCGAUAGCCGUUGUCAUUAAUUAAUCAGCCUAAUUUAAGCCCUGCAUAUUUUCGCCGGUUAAAACAAUAAAAACGCACUUGCUUUCUCUUUCGCUCUUUCUUCAAUAUCACCUCUUACCCUCUCUUUUCAACGCUCACUUCGCUCUGUUAACCAACACUGACCAGCAUUAAGAAAGUGUUAAUUUGCCUAAAAUGUACAAGUACAUGUGCGUGAUGCUUCUGUGUGUAUGUGCGGGAGUUUUCCUCUGCCAAAUGCAACUUACUUGUUAAGGGAAAACAGCCAUUAAAUGAAAAUCGAGUAAAAUUAGUGUUCUUGAAUGCUGAGCAACUUAAAGAGGCUAAAUCGCAGCUACAAGAAGACGACGACAGCAAAUCACUUCCCCUGUGGAACUCACAGCCCACAGAUCACAUCAGAUCUAUAUUGAGAUUAUAGAGAUAAUUAACGCAAGGAGGCAGAGGAUAGUAGUAGGAAGGACGAAGCGAAGGAGAGAAGCGCCCCCCUCGUUUCCCGCCCAGCCAACAACCGUGUGAAACCGUCUUGAAUGGAUCCAUUUGUUGGCUGGUUUCAGAAGGAACAGGAGGGACCAUCGCUGCGCACAUGGUUAAAGAUUUGGGAGACGAACGCCCAGGAGAUGGGCGCUUUGCUUGAUCAGCAGCUACAGCAGGCGACGACGACCAACGGCAGCAUUAGCGGCGGCAACAACAACAACAAUAGCAGUGGUAACAACAGCAAUAACUCCACCAAUAAUAUUGCCAACAAUUCAACGGGCAAAACCUACUUAUCGCGACCCAACAGCACACUAAAUCGGGUGCUGAAUUUCCGUGCCGAUUCCCUGGAGAUCCUGCAGCAGCCGCCGCCAGUCAACGGAACUACGCAGCGUAACAGCAGCAACAUCACCACCAACAACAACGCCACCAUCACCACUACCAACAACCCUACAACCAGCAGCAGCAGCAGCAGCGGGAACAGCAGCGCCAGCACCAGCGCCCCGGCUGAUUCCACAACGAAUCGGGACAAUAACUCACCCGCCAACAGCAGUUCCACCAACGGACCCGCUUCAGGAGGGGGAACAACAGCAACAGGAGGAUUAGGCGGAGGAGGAGGAGGAGGAGGAACCGGCAACGGAACGGGCACCACGGGCGGCACCGGCGCCAAUAGUCCGGCGACGACAGCGGCAACCACAGCUGCGACCACGACCGGUCCGGCCACUAGCAUGAGCGACACCAGCAACAACCCGCCACAGACAACGACCACGGCCGCCAGUCGCACGAACAGCAUCUACUACAAUCCGUCACGCAAGAAACGGCCGGAGAACAAAGCCGGCGGUGCCCACUACUAUAUGAACAACCACAUGGAGAUGAUUGCCAAGUACAAGGGCGAACCGUGGCGCAAGGCCGACUAUCCGUAUGGCGAGGGCGUCAUUGGGCUGCACGAGGAGAUCGAGCACUUCUACCAGUAUGUCCUGCCCACGCCCUGCGAACACGCCAUCCGCAACGAGGUGGUCAAGCGCAUCGAGGCCGUUGUCCAUUCCAUCUGGCCACAGGCGGUGGUCGAGAUCUUUGGAUCCUUCCGCACUGGCCUCUUUUUGCCCACCUCCGAUAUUGAUCUCGUUGUGCUAGGUUUAUGGGAGAAGCUGCCACUGCGCACGCUGGAAUCCGAGCUGGUGAGCCGUGGCAUUGCCGAGGCUUGCACAGUACGAGUUUUGGACAAGGCAUCCGUGCCGAUCAUCAAGCUGACGGACCGGGAAACGCAGGUGAAGGUAGACAUAUCGUUCAACAUGCAGAGCGGCGUGCAGUCGGCGGAGCUCAUCAAGAAGUUUAAGCGCGACUAUCCAGUGCUGGGGAAGCUGGUGCUGGUGCUUAAGCAGUUCCUACUGCUCCGCGAUCUCAACGAGGUGUUCACGGGCGGCAUCUCCUCCUACUCGCUGAUCCUCAUGUGCAUCAGCUUCCUGCAGAUGCAUCCGCGCGGCAUCUACCACGACACCGCCAAUCUGGGGGUGCUUCUGCUCGAGUUCUUCGAGCUUUACGGACGCCGUUUCAACUACAUUAAGAUCGGCAUUUCGAUAAAGAACGGCGGACGGUACAUGCCCAAGGAUGAGCUGCAACGCGACAUGGUCGAUGGACAUCGCCCGUCGCUCCUCUGCAUCGAGGAUCCGCUGACGCCGGGCAACGACAUCGGACGGAGCAGCUAUGGCGUCUUCCAGGUGCAGCAGGCCUUCAAGUGCGCCUACCGCGUCCUCGCCCUCGCCGUCAGUCCACUAAACCUCCUCGGCAUCGAUCCGCGUGUGAACUCCAUUCUGGGUCGGAUCAUCCACAUCACCGACGACGUCAUCGACCAUCGCGAAUGGAUACGCGAGAACUUCGAGCACCUGGUGGUGGUGGAUCGCAUUUCGCCGCUGCCCACGGCACCCGCUGCGUACGCCACCACGAACGGUGCACCCAAAUAUGUGAUUAUGCCCUCGGGCGCCGUUGUCCAGCAGCUGUACCACCAUCCGGUGCAGGUGCCCACCGCUCUCGGGCACAGCCAUGCGCACAGCCAUAGCCACGGGCAUGCGCAUCCUGGCGGCGGCCUUCUCGGCCAGCCGUUUGUGACCGGAACACCAGCAUCCGGCGCAACAACGACGACAACGAUGGCGGCGGUGGUGGGCGUUAAUGUUGGCGUGGCAGCCAGCGCGGCCCAACAGCAGCAGCAACAGAGUGUGACCGGUAGUCAUUCGCAUUCGCAUGUGCAGAAGCAGUCGCAGAACCAAUCGCAGUCGCGUCACAGACGUGGCAGCACCUCGUCCGGCGAGGAUUCCGAGGACAGCAAAGACUGCGAUGUGGUCGAAACGACAUCAUCGAGUGCUCCGGAGGUCAUCGACAUCACUAUGUCGCCGCCGAACGGCCUGAGCUCCAUUUCCAUGCCGCUGCCGGUGCUCGCCGUGGGUAUGCCCUCGUCGAGCAGUUGGAAUGGCGGCAAUGGAAACGGUAAUGGCGGCAAUGGCAAUGGCAAUGGCAUCGGCAUCGUUAGUGGAAGCGGUAGCGGCGGCAAUGGAAACAACAGCAGCUCAUCCACGGGCUCGUCGCCGGAAAACAACGCCCACAUCGCUGCCCCCCAGGACAUGGACCCAGAGCUGGAGGAGCAGCAACCGCAGCAGCAGCACCAGCAGCACAACCAUCAGCAACAGCAGCACCAGCAGCAGCAACAGCAGGAGAUAUCCGGAAGCGGUGGUGGUGGCUCCACCGGAGGUGGAGGUAGUGGCGUCAGCUCAGGAUCGGGCACCGGCAGCGGCAGUGGCAGUGGUGGCACUGGACGCAACUACAACCAGCGGGGUAGCCACAAUUCGAGCGGCUAUUACCAUCAGCAGUAUUACGUGCCACCGCCGAUGCAGCAGCAGCUGAGCAAGUCCAACUCGAACUCCUCCUCCUCGAACUAUCACCAGCAGCACCAUCACAACAGUCACAGCAGUCACAGCCAUAGCAGCAACCAUAGUCACCGGCAGCAGCACCACCACCAGCAGCAACAGCAGCAGCAGCACAGCCACCAGCAGCGGCCGCAGCAUCUGCGGCUGGGCGGUGGCAACAAUCGCUACCAGAAGUCCGUGGGCGGUUCGCCCACCAUCAGUGCCGGCAAUGCGUCGAACAGCAGUAGCAACAGCAGCAACAGCAGCACCAGCAGCGGCAGCAACAACAACCGAUUGCCGCCGCUGCGCUGCACGCUGGUCAACUCCUCGUCGGCGAUAUCAAUCAUUUCCAUAUCCUCAGAGUCAUCGAUUGCCAGCAGCAGUUCCAGUUCGUCGAGAUCCGGUCAGGAUCAGCAGCAGAACGAGCGCGAUGAGCGAUAGGAUUAGGAUACACUAGGAUGUGAUUGUGAAUGAGAGAGAGAGAGAGAAAGAGAUAGUUACGAGUUAGCAAUAUUUAUAUAUAUAUAUACAUAUAUAUAUAUGGAUCACAUUUCUUUCUCGGGUUAACUGCAAACUAUUCUGCAUUUUUCUAAUUAUUAUCCCCGAUUCCUGCUCCUUUCCCGAUCGUCCCGCCUUCACAAUCCAAAAACAAAAAAAACAAAAACAAAUGUAAUAGACUUCCUUUUACAUUGCUGUCUCGCUUAAACUAGAAGAGGAAAGGAAACCAACCUACUAAGUCUAAUAUUAAGAACUUUGCCUCUGAUUUCGCUAAAUGUAUUUCAUUUUGUUUCUAAAAUAAACAUGAAAGCAAAAACAAAAAAAAAGGGGAAUAUAUAAUAGAUAUAUUAGAUAAAAACGCUAUAAAUAUAUAUGUAAACUCAUAUUAGAAUGUAAUGGUUUAAAAGAGCGAUAAACUGAAGUAUGAAAUUAGCUGCUAACGUAUUUAAGGUCCGCAAACAUGUUUCAAAAUCUCUCUAGAGUUCCACCUUCCCAAUCCCUUUUACCCACGAUCACGCGCAUUAAAACUUGUAAAGUACUUUGUAGUAUCGAAAAAGCUCUACAUUUUAGGCUACCGUUUUGUAAACUAAAAAUUCCCUAUCCCCCACUUCCAAAAAAAAAAAAAAAUCAACAAAAACGAAAAUUUUGCGCGCAUUUCAAUUGCUAAUCUUACCGAGUGAUUUUGCGCGCAAACUGUAAAAAAAAGUAACAAACCUUAAACCUUAUACCUUAAAUAUCCAUUUCCUAGAAAUCCAAAAAACGAAACAAUUUGCUAUCUCCCAUGCAGCUUCCGAUAACUUUUUUUUUAAAUAUUAGUUCAAGUUAAUUUUAUACCUGAAUUGUAAAUGUUUUUAUUAAUUACCACUAUUAUAAUUACUACGAUUAUAUUAUGCUUAUUAUUAGUUUUUAUAACUAUGCUUAGACAACCGUGAGCCAACUUAUAUUGUACGAACACAUUGCCUCAGACCCAAAGCAAUUGUGUUUUAAAACAAAAGAAAAAAAAAAACCUACAAAAAGAAACAACACAAAACGACAAAAAAAAAAAAGAAAACCUACAAAAAGAAACAAAUCUUUUUUUUAACUUAUUUACGAUUAAUUAAUUAUGAUUAUGCAAUGUGUGCAUUUUGCAUAGAUUCCUGCCAUUUAUUUGUAUAGAUCAGAAAGCUCUGUAAAUACUUAGUUACCCCCUGCAACACCCACACCAACCACCACCCACCACACCCCCUCUAAACGCACUGCCAUUUUGAGAAAGGUUUUUAAAAAACACGUCGAAAAGGAGUUAGCAGAAGAGUAGAAAAGAACAUUUAGACUUUGUACAUGUAUAACAUUUUAGGCUGUUCUUCUUUCCAUUUGUAUAAGAAAACAAAGAAAGCAAAACAAAAAUACCAAACAAGAAACAACAAAACCGAACUAAAUGUAAAGCCACUUAAAUAGUAUAUGAGAAUAUGUUUGUCGAUCGUUUUGUGAGCGAGUCUUAAGAGGAGAAUAACUCUAGAUCUGCAAUACUAGGCAGCGAUAUUUGAAUUUUUAUUUGAAAGUACAACUUCUUUUUCUGAUGCAUAUGAGUUCGUAAAUGAUGGAAAAUCAGUAUGCAAUAUUUAAGUUUUUUUUGUUGGGUCAAGAUAGCAUUUUUUGUGUUAAUAAAUUAAGUUAUCUCGACAAUUUUUAAACAAGAUGUUAAAAACUAAAAGUUAUUAUUUAAUGUUAAUGUUAUAGUAUACAGCAUUUUAAAUUCUGUAUUGAUAUGAAGUCCGGUUUUGACUUUCAUUGUAUUUCCUUUUCAAGCAUGUUGGAAAAAUGUUGCGAAGUUAAUUUUGUAAAAAGUGAACUAAGAGUACAUUGCAUGGAAUAUAAUCUGUCGAGUUUACAGUGGUAGUGACAGUGGUAAAAAAACCUAAAACUAAAUAUUUAAACAUUUUUUUAAAGUAAAACCUUUUCAAAAAUACAUGAAGUGCUUGUGUGUUAUAAAAAGAAGUACAUAGGAUCACAAGGUUUUUUUUUAUAUUCCUUAGGGACUGUGUUUUUUUUCGAUCAUUUAGGACCCUCAAUGUUUUAGAAAAAGUGAGCUUGGGUACUAUAUAUAUUUUUUUUCGGUUGCCUAGUGUGAUUUAAGCGAUGUCCAGUGUUGGCAAAGGCCGAAGGUGCUCUCUCCCUUUCGCACGAUGACUCCUACAAGCUUGCAGCUGAGCUUUGAAGCCCACCUUACACCCACUUUCUCACUCCACACACAGACGCAUAAGCACACACACACACAAACACCCAAACAGAGAGGGACACUUAACCGUAAAGUUAGCAUAGAAAGUUGAUGAAAGCAAGGUGCAUUCAGUGAGAAUGAGAUAGCGAUAGCAAGAAGGAGAGAGUAACAUAUAAGAAUUAUUAAAUUUAUGCACUCGUCUGUUGAAUAUUUAUAUAAAUUAUAUGUAUGUAGUUACUAAUAUUAACUAAUUGAUAAAUAUACAAUAUUUAUAUGCAUAACUUGUGGAUUAAUGUGGACAAACAAAUGUUUAGAAUUAGCGAUCUAGCCACGUAAGACUCGUAAUUCGUAAAUCGUAAAUCGACAACUACUUAGACUACAUAACUGUGUACCAGAGCAUAUGUAAGCACUCCCACACAAAAAAGAUACACCCUACACACAGACACCCGCGCAUAAUCGCUAUGAAUGUUGAGGUUAUGUCGUAAAUUUUUCAAUAUCUGAUCACUGUUCGCCUAGCCUAGCAAGUAAGCCGAAUAACUAACUGUAAAACUAACCUAUUUUUUUUUACAGUAUUCCAAGCCUCUCGUCUUUUGUCCUUUUUUUGUUUGUUCUUUCCGUUUAGUUUUGAUUUAUGUUUACCAAACUAAUCCUACUUCCUUAUUACGCAUAUGUCCUGUGUGCCGUUGUUGUUAUAUAUACAUGCAUAUACUCGAAAAUAUUUUUUUGUCGUCGCGAUAUAAGUGGGUAUUAAUAAAUUAAAUUUAAUUUAAUUAACUACAUUUAAAGCAACUAAAUUCAAUUCAAGUGAAUCAAAUGAAUCGAUCGAUACAUGUAUAUGAUAGAGUUCAAUAGCUGUGUAAGAAUCGGAAUCGUAACAAUUUAGUAUGCAAAAAUCGUAAAUCUAACUAAUUGUACAAUUAGCGAAAAGAGAAAACGGAAGCGAUAAGCAAAACGAUGCGACAAAUAAAAGCCGGCAAAAACUACAA